AUGGAUUACGAGGCGUUGAAGGACCAGUGGAGCGAUGUUGAGGAUCGUGAUGGUAUCAGACUCAGCUGGAACACCUUUCCAAGCUCGCGCAUGGAGGCAUCCCGCUUAGUUGUCCCCAUCGGAGCAAUGUAUACGCCCCUCAAAGAAAAGACCGACACCCCAUUAUUGCAAUACGAACCUGUGACUUGCAAAGCUCCUUGCAAAGCAGUCCUCAAUCCUUAUGCGAAUGUCGAUAUCCGAGCCCGAAUCUGGAUAUGCCCUUUCUGUUUGAUGCGCAAUCCUCUUCCACCACACUAUAAAGAUAUCACAGAGAAUGCUAUUCCCCCAGAGCUUCAUCCUCAGAGUACCACCAUCGAAUACCGAUUGGCGCGUCCCGCUCCCGCUCCUCCGAUCUUCGUGUACGUUGUAGACACUUGUCAAGAAGAUGAUAGUCUCCAGGCUCUCAAGGACUCCCUCAUCAUGAGCUUGUCCCUGCUCCCGCCAAACGCGCUUGUUGGUUUGAUCACAUACGGCACUAUGGCGCAAGUACAUGAACUCGGUUACGGUGAAUGCGCCAAGUCUUAUGUCUUCCGUGGAAGCAAGGACUACGCCGCCAAACAGGUGCAGGAGAUGCUUGGACUGCUCAACGCUGGAGUUCGUCCCGGUGCUCCCCAGCAACCUGGUCGCAUGCCUCCUCCCAUGGGUCCUGCCGCUCGCUUCCUCCUCCCCGUACAGCAGGCCGAGUUCCAGAUCACCAACAUCCUCGAGCAGCUACAGCGUGAUCCAUGGCCGGUUGCGAACGAUAAGCGUGCUCUGAGAUGUACCGGUGUCGCCAUUAGCGUUGCUGUUGGAUUAUUGGAAACGUCGUUUCAGAAUGCAGGUGGACGUAUUAUGGUCUUCGUUAGCGGUCCAGCAACAGAGGGCCCUGGUCUUGUUGUUGGCCCAGAGUUGAAAGAACCUAUUCGAUCUCAUCACGACAUUGAUAGGGACAACAUCAAAUAUUUCAAGAAGGCAGUCAAGUUCUAUGACAAUAUUGCUAAACGUGCGGCACAUAAUGGUCACGUAAUUGACCUCUUCGCUGGUUGUCUUGAUCAAGUCGGCAUGUUGGAGAUGAAGAACAUGGCCAACCAUACUGGCGGUCAUAUACUGUUGACCGACAGCUUCACAUCCUCUCAAUUCAAACAAUCGUUCGUCCGAGUUUUCGAUAAGGAUGAGAACGAUAAUCUGCUUAUGGCCUUUAAUGCAUCUCUCGAAGUUCUGACCACAAAAGAGCUCAAAGUCACUGGACUUAUUGGUCAUGCUAUUUCAUUAAACAAAAAAUCUAGUAGCGUCGGAGAGACCGAGUGUGGUAUCGGUAAUACUUGUGCAUGGAAGAUGUGCGGUAUUGACCCUGCUGCCAGCUAUGGGAUCUAUUUCGAGAUUGCAAACCAAGGUGGACCGGCACCAAUGCAACAAGGACCUCAACGUGGCAUGAUGCAAUUUCUCACAUAUUACCAACAUUCCUCUGGUCAAUUCCACCUACGCGUAACGACUAUUGCUAGGAACCUCAGUGGUCCAGCCGGUGACCCGGCUCUUGCUCAGUCAUUUGAUCAAGAAGCAGCAGCAGUCCUCAUGUCCCGUAUCGCUGUCUUCAAAGCCGAGGUUGAUGACGGCCCAGAUGUGUUGCGUUGGGUCGAUCGUAUGUUGAUUCGGUUAUGCUCCCGCUUCGCUGAUUACAGAAAGGAUGAUCCAACAUCAUUCCGCCUUGAAAAGAACUUUACUCUCUAUCCACAGUUCAUGUUCCAUCUUCGGCGAAGUCAGUUCCUGCAAGUUUUCAACAACUCUCCUGAUGAAACGGCAUUCUACCGACAUGUCUUGAACCACGAAGAUACUGGCAACUCUCUGAUCAUGAUCCAGCCCACGCUCGAUUCAUACUCUUUGGAGCACGAGGGCGCUCAACCUGUCUUACUUGACUCCGCCUCCAUCCAACCUACUCACAUUCUCCUUCUUGAUACAUUCUUCCACCUCCUCAUUUUCCACGGAGAGACAAUGGCAGAAUGGAGGAAAGCUGGAUAUCAGGACCAAGAAGGUUAUGAGAACUUCAAAGCGAUUUUAGAACAGCCCAAGGAAGAUGCUAGAGAACUGAUUGCGGACCGUUUCCCACUACCCCGAUUCAUCAUUUGCGAUGCCGGUGGCUCACAAGCCCGUUUCCUCCUGUCAAAACUCAAUCCCUCGACAACCCAUUCUACUGGAGGAUACGGUGGCGGUGUGACAGCACAAACUAUCUUUACAGAUGAUGUGUCGUUACAAACUUUCAUGGAACAUUUGAUGAAACUUGCUGUGUCAGGCACCAACUAAACACGGAGUGCAGUUCCAUAAACGCUCGUUGGCGAUGAGAAUCUGUGUGGCUGAGUGUACCUUUAGCGGUUCUUUUCCAUCCGUCAUUUUGUUUUACGAUACAUUCGAUUGAUAAAUUUUCUAUUGUUUCAA